CUCAGUUCUUUCAAGGUUUGAACCAAGGAAAUGAUUUCUGAGAAACUCAUUCUUAUCUGCUUUGCAGUAGCGAUGGUUCGCAGUGACACAACGGUAGAGAUCUCCAGCUCCGUAGGAACCACACCCACACCACCCAGCAAUAGGAAACCAAACUUAGAAAAACUAAAGAAUCGUGAAGCAAUAUUGAAGAAUAACUCCAUUUCCCUUCGAUUUUUGGACUCACUUUUCGGACUUGGGAUUGGGGCAAAUCUGUUAGGAAUUCAUGCAGGUGCAGGUAUAGGUCAUGGAAAUGGAGGGUAUGGUGAUUUGGGCCAAGGAUUUGUUGGCAAUCCUGGGGGAGGACAAAAUCCACAAGCUAUGUACAUUCCAAUACCCCCACCACAUAUAUACUACGUCCAAGCUCCUCCACAAUAUCACCUGCCGCAAGGUAUACCCCAAGGAAUGCCUCAAGGUAUGUCUCCAGGAAUGCCUCAAGGAAUGUCUCCAGAAAUGCCUCAUUCGCAAGGAAUGUCUCAAGGAAUGCCUCAGGGAAUGCCUCAAGGUAUGUCUCCAGGAAUGCCUCAAGGAAUGUCCCCAGGAAUGUCUCAAGGAAUACCGAAAGUUAUGCCUCAUUCGCAAGGUGUACCCCAAGGAAUCCCUCAAGGAAUACCUCAAGAAAUAGCACAAGGAAAGCCACAAUCACAAGGAAUGCAUUCUCAAAGAGAAAUCCAAAGAAAAUUUGGAAGAACGCCUCAAGUAAAACUUCAAAGAACGCAUCGAGGAGUACCUCAAGGAAUGCAUUCUCCAAGAAAACCUGUAGGAAUACCUCAAGGAAAACCUCAAGAAACACAUUAAGGAAUGCCAACAACCAGACCACCAACAUGCUACCGCGUACCUUGCUAAUAAAUUGAUUUCUGCUGGAGUACGUAUUGAAUAGUAAUCUACGGUAUAUUUCUUUGUUUGGGACUGCUCAACGAUAUUAUAACAAAUAAAAGAUUUAAAAAGUAUAAACA